AUGUUUCUUCAUCAGAACAACACUAUCAUCGAUAGCUUGCACAAGCUUGGAAAGAAAGUCAUUUGCUACUUCAGCGCUGGGUCCUACGAAGAUUAUCGUCCGGACUCAUGGCAGUUCAAGAAGGCUGAUCUUGGAUCAGAAUUGGAUGGCUGGCCAGGGGAGUAUUGGCUAAACAUCAGCAGCCCUGAUGUCCGCGAUAUCAUGGCUACCAGGAUUGAGAUUGCGAGUCAAAUAGGCUGUGAUGCCGUAGAUCCUGACAAUGUGGACGGCUUUCAAAAUGAAAACGGAUUUGACCUGACUGCGCAAGACUCGAUCGACUUUGUUAAGUUUCUUGCAAAAGAAGCUAGGAAUCGCAAGCUUGGGGUUGGCCUGAAAAAUGCAGGCGACAUAAUUUCCGAUGUCCUUUCCGUUGUUCAGUUUCAAGUCAACGAGCAGUGUGCCGAAUAUGACGAAUGCGACACCUUCGCCGCCUUCAUCGACGCAGGCAAGCCUGUCUUCCACAUCGAGUACCCCAAAGGCACACCCGACAGUGUCUCGGCGAAUGCUUUGACGAGCGACUGCUCGGCAUCAGACUCGGACAAUUUUAGCACAGUCAUCAAGACGAUGGAUCUAGACGGAUGGGUCGAGUACUGCAAUGGGCAGAAAGCUGAGACUGCCGUGACAUCAUGA